AUGGGGUUCCACGACAUCCCGAACGCGCAAGUCCUCAAGCCUACGCACCCCCACUCUCAGCAUCGUCUGGUUGACGGCUCGCUUUUCCACUCCAAUGUUCAACCGAAUGGUCUCAACGAUGUCUGUAAUGCCUGUCUACGACAACUCAACAAGUGCAGCCAGCCGAAAUUAUCACUAGCAAACAACAUGUGGCUAGGCGAAAUACCGUUUCAACUAGCGAUACUCACACUCCCGGAGCAGCUCCUCGUUGCGUUGUACUUCCCUGCGGCGUACAUUUUCAAGGUCUAUCCAAAGAAUGUUAGGCCUCCGGUGGAUGCGAACGUCGCUGAAGAAACAAUACCCAUCACCAACGAAAAACUGAAAGGCAACGUUUCGACUUUCAGUCUUCCAAUCUCUAGCAUCGCACACAUGGCAGCGGGAAAUAUCGUUCCGCGGCCCUCCCUGUUGCUGGCCGCCGUCAUCGGAGUCACUUUUGUAGGAGUGGAUCGCACCGCUUUGAAGUUUAUGCGAGGAACACUGCGCGUACGACGGCAACGUGUAUUCGAGGCCAUUCUGUGGUUGAAGGCGAAUAACAGAUUAUACGCGAAUGUUAAUAUCUCAGAAGAGAACUUACGGUCGCUUCCGGAAGACGGGAUACCGGACGAGAUUUCACUCAACGUAACGUUGUCUGACGACAUAAACGCUACGACGAGCCAGAAAGUGACGACGAAACGCAACGAAUCUCGCUCUGAAAUAGAAAACUCAGACGAAGAAGACUCGGACGGGGACGGUGAGGAACCGACGGGCUUAGCAGGCUCAGGCAUACCAGAAAAAUCGCGGGACUCUGACCCCGUUUUUCCGCUACAAUCUCACGGCGUUCUUGACGUUGGGGGGGCCAACAUUCCCGACUCUACGCUGUUCAGUCACGCAGCAGAGAACGUAGUCCCUAGCUUCUAUGCGCAAGACUAUGGGGUACAAAAGGGACAUGCGUUUGUCAACGAAUAUGCUCGUGUAGAUGAGAACAAUGAACGUUUCGACGGGGGUGCUGCAGACCCAAACCACCUGCUAGGAGCAUUUCCUGCCUUGUUCCCGUAUGGACUGGGCGGGUUCGAGGUGGAUCGCAGAGACAAAGUCACAUACGAGGAGCAUGUUCGAUGGGCUUUACAGUACGCAGACGGACGAUUCCGAAAACACACGCGGUUUGCUUUCCAGGUUUUCGGUGUGCUGCUCAAGCGGCAGACGGCCUUUAAGCUUCUCAAACCAAGAGAUUUCAUCAAAGCAAGUGAAGAAGAGAUGAGUGGGCGGGCCAUAUCGAACGCCACUAUUCGGUUGUUACGCCGACAUAUAACGACGGUACGGGCUCGAGUCCAGGGGACCGACGAGAGCCGGGUAGCCAUCCGCGCACAAAUUUGGGGCAUGACCUUGAAGUACAACCCACCCACGCUGUGGGCCACUAUCAACCUGUCCGAUUCCAAUGACCCCAUCGCUCAAGUGCUUGCAGGUCAAUCGAUAGAUAUGGACAACUUUGUCGCGCGCACUGGGAUGAACGCCACAACCAGGGCACAAAUUAUCGGUGCAGACCCAUUUGCCGCCGCAGAAUACUUUCAUCUUGUCAUCCGACUUUUGCUUAGAGAGCUGAUUGGUGUCGUUAGCAGUCCAAGAGGUUCGAUCACUCGUCAAGAAGGUAUCUUCGGCCUUGUAAACGGGUACAUCGGUACCGUGGAGGCGCAGGCUCGUGGAUCUCUGCACUUGCACGUGUUAUUUUGGGUGCGCGACGCUCCGACAAGUUCCGCUAUGCAAAAAGCGCUCCAAAGCGAGGAGUUCAGGCAUAAAGUCAAGACUUUCAUUCGACAUAACAUUCGAGCAGAUGUCUCUGACCUGUUGAUCCGCGCAAAACCCGAUUACGCCAACAAAGCUCGUCUAGCGGAAGACCGCUGCGCGGCCGCUCUGCAGACUCACGAGUGUACCCCUUUCUAUUGCUUGAAAACUAUCAAGGGCCGGUUGGUCUGUAAGCGCGGUUAUCCCUGGCCUACCUACUCAGACGAUUGGGUGGACGCGGAAGGAAAUUGGGGACCGAAAAGGAGAUAUCCAUUCUUUAACACAUGGAACCCCCCCAUCUCGCAGGUCAUCCGCUCGAACAUGGAUAUCAAGCUCCUAACGAACGCAUGCGAAACGAAGGACAUUGCCUUCUACAUCACACUGUACAUUGCCAAAAAACAAGUACAGGCAGCUAACGCGUCUGCCGUGCUUGCGAAAAGUCACGCAUUCGAAAAGCAACCUGCGGAACGGACCGGCCCCGAUAGCGGUUCCAACAACAAAUCUUCUGACAUACGCAAAGUGAACAAACGCCUACUAGAGCAAUGCGCAAAUACGCUCAGCAGGCAAUAUGAGUUGAGCGGUCCCGAGGUCAUGAGCUAUCUGAUGGGGUGGGGCGACCGCUAUAUUUCUCACACAUUUGUCAAGAUUUAUUGGGAUUUGAUGGUGUCGGCGCUUCAUCGACAUUACCCUUUACUCAAAACCACACAUACUGAGAAAGGCAAAUCGUUUGCGCCAAGCGCUACCUCAGAGCAUACGCCGGUCGUGAUGGAAAACGGUCAAUUUAUUCUUCAAGAUCAACUUGGGCAAACUUACCACGUUUCCGCCGAUACCCCCCCCCCCCCCUCUGAAGAGCAGGAAGACCAUGACAUGAAACCUCGGCGUGGUCGUCCCCUCAAACAACGAAUACCUUAUAUGAACGACCGCGAAGGGGCCAGAGUGAUUCGUGGCGAUAAUCAGGAGACGGCGUUGCAUCUCAUAGGACGGUGGCUCCCACGCGACGAUGAUUCCAACGUCGAAAACUAUGCCGCACAAAUCCUGCUUCUCCUUAAGCCUUGGAGAACCCUCGAUGAUUUGAAGGGUGCUUGCGAGAAUUUCGCUAGCGCAAAGAAUGCUUUCCUAGCGUCCAGUGGUCCAGACGUCCUACGAACGGUUGAGAAUAUUCAGUACUAUCACGACAGUUCUGCGCAAGCAAGACGCCGGCGCGCUCCUAUGGAAGACACGGAAGACACAGAGGGUGCGGUCCCCGAGUCGGAAAGCAACUUACUGGAGCACAUGCGAACAGCAUACCUCGGACCUGAGAGCAUCGAGCAAGCCAGAGAAGAACAAGUUUCAGCAGCGGAACGCAAAUACGGCGAAGAAGGGCUAGCUGUAGCCGAACGUGCGCAUAUAUUCGCGACAGACGCUGCACUAGGCGUAGCUCCAACGAUGCCGCUCGCCCAAAGGGCCACGGACGAAGAAAUAUCAAUUUUCAAGCAGUGGGAAUCAAAAACGCUGUCUUCAACAUGA